AUGUCUGAAGUUGCAUUUGGAAGCAAUUUUACAAACACAGUCACAAAAGGGAUAUUGACCUUUGAUCAAACCUAUCAUUAUGAAGAAGGUGAGAUUCAAGGUCUUGCUUCAUCUGUAAUUUCCAACCUCAAAACAAAGCCCACAGACAGAAGUUUAAUUGGUCAAAAAUUGACUUUAGAAUUAGUAAAGACCAAUUUGAAUUGUUAA